CGCGUCGCGAAGUACGGCGCGACGCCUGCAAGGGGAGCUCAGGAACCACAGGAUGAUCAUGCUCAGGCUCAUGUCCCUGCUCUGGACCUGGAUGAUCAGGACGUGAAAGCUUCUUCUGCUAAGGACGCGCAGCGAAAAAUUGUCGUUACAGAGGAAGUUCUCAAAAAGCAGCUACCGGAAUUUGCUAAGCUGGUAUGCGCGUACGCACUUGAAAAUGCUAUUGUCAUGCCAAUCGGACGAAUCCUGAUCACAAAAAGGACCAACAGAUCAUGACGAAAACCACCUAGGGGAUUCGUGUGCGACGCCGGAUGACUAACCCUGCGACAGCGAAGGAGUGGCACGACGGACAUGGAAUACUAGAACAGACUCUGGACAGCGAAUGGGAAUGGCGAAUUUUGGAGCCAGCAUCUGCAUUAUUAGGCAGGAUGAUCAUGAUGGGAGAUUGCACACCAGCACUGCGAAAGAUGAUAUGCUGGGUGGGGGUGCAGGCAAGAUUUCCGCGACUGAGUUGGGACGUGGUGCUUCAGGGGUUACAUACCUAUGCAAAUGAGAUACACGGAAAGCGAACGAAGCUCCUCCUCUUGUUGUGAAGGUUGUUUGGUGAGCUGGAAAAUUUAACUGCCUGGAGGCAGUUUUUCAGUUCCGAGCGCACGCAAGCUCAUAGGAACACUUUCCUGCUGUUAUUCCGUGGACAUCCAUGGAAGUGAAGUCCAAGUUAUCCCGUCAACAAAACUCUUGGUUCGCCUCGAGAAUGAACAGCAUCUGCAAUCCUCACGAGAAG